GAGAACGGAUACACCCAUAUACACACCCCUAUCAUUACUUCAAAUGACUGUGAAGGUGCUGGAGAAGUCUUCAAAGUUGAGCCUGCAAAUGAAGAGAGAAAACCAGGAGAGGAACCCCAUUUCUUCAGUGUUCCAGCAUUUCUCACCGUCUCAGGACAACUGCAUUUGGAAGUGAUGAGUGGGGCAUUUACUAAAGUGUUCACCUUCGGUCCAACGUUCCGGGCAGACAAUUCUCAAACCCGAAGACACCUGGCAGAGUUUUAUAUGGUGGAGGCUGAACUAUUUUUUGUUGACCGUCUUCAAGACAUAAUGCAGGUUAUAGAAGAUCUUUUCAAGACUGUGACAGACAGAGUGCUAUCAAAAUGCCCUCAAGAUGCUGCACUUUUUCAUAAACGUGUAGCUCCUGGCCAAGAGGCCAAAUUAGAAAAGAUGCUGAAGAACCAAUUUGUAAUAAUGUCCUAUACUGAAGCGAUUGAAGUUUUAGAGCGAGCUCGUCAAGAAUUCACUUACAAACCAGCAUGGGGACAGGAUCUCCAGAGCAAACACGAGAAGUACCUGGUGCGACACUGUGGUGAAAUUCCUGUUUUUGUGUAUAACUAUCCCUAUGACCUUAAGCCGUUCUACAUGCGAGACAACGAAGAUGGAGCUCGUCGGACUGUAGCAGCGGUUGAUCUCCUGGUCCCAGAAGUUGGAGAACUCUGCGGUGGAAGUUUGAGAGAAGACCGCGUGGAUUUUCUGCAGUCUCGCCUACAAAGGUUGAUGCUUGAAGACACCUAUCAGUGGUACGUAGAGCUGCGUCAGUUUGGAUCAACCCCCCAUGGAGGGUUUGGAAUGGGGUUCGAGCGUUACCUGCGGUGCAUCUUGGGCGUUGAGAAUAUCAAGGAUGUCAUUCCGUUCCCACGAUUUCCUCACUCGUGCGUUUUAUAGCAUUUUGUCCCAACUUCUGUUUUCUUUCUUUCUGCUGUGAAUUCGCGGCAUGCAUAGAUGACUCUGUGCAACGUUUGGAGAGAGAAAAUAAGACUUCCUUUUUUUUCCUGUC